UUGAAGUGGCCAUCAUGGUAACACCGUCUUACGACCGCCAUCAGAAUCUCUACAAUCCGUACAUAAAGUUCAGCUAUCCCGAUUCGCUGGCCGUCCCUUUUGGAGUGGAAAAUUUCUGCUUCCCGGAUUCAACACACUGGCCGCCGCCGCUGCAGACGGCCGGCGAACCGUACACGAUCGUUCUGACCGAUUCCAAAGGCGAUCGAAUGUACGGCUACUGCCACCGGGUGGUUCCCGAAGGAGCUCAGACCUGCAUUCCCAUCACCUAUUGUUUGCUGAGCCGCCAUCGAGCAGCCGAAUUUUACAACAAGGUAAAUGAGACUCUGCGAACUACAUCAGUCGAUUUUUUUAUGCGACGUGUAUGGUAA